GCGCUUUGGAAUCAAGUUGGCGAAGCGGGUGAGCUUUCCGACCUCUGAAGUUUGUUGCUGUUGGCUUCCGCGAUAGUGGGAGAACCGCAUAGUGGAUCCUUUAGCGAACGGGAGUGAAGUCUGGUGGACCGUUUCUCACUGCAGAAAGUGAGACGCGGCUAUCGGCUAGACACCGGAGUUUCACGCUGCAGAAGGCAAAAUGAAAUUCGGAAUUUUCGUGCUCGUUGUUGUCUUGGCAGUUGAAACUACGCACGGGCAGCAGGGACCAUGUGUGGGGAGUAACUGUGUGGAUGAGGGCUGCGUCUGUAACCCGGAGAAGGGCAGCAGGGGACGGCCAGGGGCAGUGGGGCCGAUCGGGCCAGGCGGGCAGGAAGGCUUUCCAGGAGGCCAGGGCCCUGCUGGGCCCAAAGGAGAGAGGGGUAACCCUGGACUGAGAGGGCUACUCGGGCAAAAAGGAGACAAGGGCCCUAUGGGAGUGCCUGGGUUCUCAGGGAUUGAUGGAGUUCCGGGCACACCAGGGCUCGAGGGAGGCCGGGGUCCACCUGGGCCAAGCGGCUGCGAAGGAUACAACGGCUUAUCUGGCGACAGGUCUCCAAACGGACAGCCGGGCACUGCGGGUCUGAGGGGUGUCCCCGGAGGCAAAGGUCAGAAGGGCGAGCCUGUGUAUGCCGGACUGGGCUACGCCCCCAGGGGAAAUCCUGGUCUUCCUGGAUUGGAUGGUCUGUUUGGUCCCAGAGGGCCCUCUGGAAUCCCAGGUCCAGCUGGUCUCAGGGGACCCGAUGGAAGGCCUGGCGCUUCUGGUCCUCCUGGUCCUCCCGGUCCAACGGGGGCUUCUGGUGUUGGUUUCAAAGGAGAACAAGGAGACAGGGGGGAUGUGGGCCAGCCCGGACCCGCGGCUGAAGAAACCCGUUUGACCCUACGUGAUAUUGAGCACUUCAAAGGACAAAGGGGUGACCCUGGUUACAAGGGACCACCAGGUUUGCCUGGAAGGCCAGGUGGCUCGGGGGCCUACGGCUAUGGGGCUGAAAAGGGAGAGACUGGAAUCCCAGGGCUUCCGGGCGGGCGGGGCGCCCCCGGUUACGAUGGAACCCCGGGACAUCCCGGUCAAAAGGGCUUGCCUGGUGAUCCUGGAUAUGGUGGUGGAGGAUCAGGAUAUCCUGGGGCAAAGGGAGUUCAAGGAGACCCAGGCCCCCCAGGCCCCACCACCUUUACUGGGGGAGGAGGUGCCCCAGGUCCCCGUGGCGAGCCAGGCAGAUCUGGUCUUUGUGGCCCUCCUGGUGAUGAGGGGCCAGCGGGGUACCCAGGGCCACCAGGCCUCCCCGGACUCCCGGCACAUGGCACAGGUCCAGCUCUUCCAGGCUUCCCAGGGACCCCCGGGCCCAAAGGGGAGAAGGGGGAUCCAGGGCGCGCAGCCUAUGGCUCACCAGGUCGUCCAGGCAGUAACGGCUCUCCGGGGCUGCCAGGACCUCCUGGUCCCCCUGGGGACUCAAAGUGUAUUGUGCCGACUGAACUGUGUGUUCGGGGCCUGCCAGGUCCCAGAGGGCCAGGAGGGGUCCCAGGAUACAAAGGGGCAAAAGGUGAACUGGGAGACUGUCGCUGUCGGGGAGUGACAGGGAACGGGGUGCCUGGCAACCGGGGCCCACCAGGGGCUGCAGGGUCACCUGGUUACUUCGGUAGCAAGGGUGAGAGAGGAGACCACGGGUACCAGGGACCAGCUGGCCCCCCCGGUACAAGUGGUGUUCCGGGCUCUGGAGGCUACUCGGGAAGGAAGGGGGAGCCAGGAGAAUCUUUCCACUCUCCAAACGUGAAAGGUGAACGCGGCAACCAAGGGCCACAGGGCCUCCAAGGGCAGCCAGGACGAUCUGGGAGAGAUGGAGCCCCGGGGAGCCCAGGAGCCCAGGGACCCUCUGGUGACAGUGGUGGUGGGGUGGUAGGGGAUCGAGGGUAUCCUGGGAACCCUGGUGGAAAAGGGCAGGCGGGGUUGCCAGGUGAGCCUGGCUUUGGGUAUGCAGGCACUGCAGGCCCUCCUGGAACAGCUGGAGAUCCCGGUACCUCUGGCUCCCCUGGAGCACCUGGAGCACCUGGCACACCAGGUGGCUGGCGCUGUGGGGCGGAGGGGGUUUUUGAGACCUCUUACACUGAGGGAGGUGACACUCGGCCCUGCCAGGACCCAGGGCCAGGUGAUCCAGGACCUCCCGGCAACCCAGGACCUCCAGGCGAUCCUGGUUUCCCUGGAGGUGUGGGGAGGCCCGGGAUUAACGGGGCGAAGGGCGAAAGAGGAAACUUUGGCCAUGGAGGACUACCUGGACCACCAGGCUUCUUGGGCGCCAAAGGGGAACCAGGGAAUCCAGGGUUGUCGAGCGGGGGUGGCCAGCCAGGGGGCCGGGGCAAAGACGGCCUGCCAGGGCUGAACGGGCAGAAGGGCGAACGGGGCGAGGUCUAUGGAGCUGUGGAUGGGAAACCAGGCCUUCCGGGUCUGAACGGAGGACCAGGAGACAAGGGACAGCCCGGAACACCAGGCCACCCAGGCACACCUGGCACGGAAGGACGUCCAGGGUACCCGGGGGCAAAGGGUGAGCGGGGUGUGGAUGGGCACCCAGGACUCCCAGGUGAGAUUGGACUACCUGCUGAAAGAACUGGACCGGGAUUACCCGGGGCAGUUGGAUUCUCCGGACCCAAGGGCGCUCCUGGGACUCCAGGAUACUCUGGAGCGAAGGGGGAGCGGGGCAACCCUGGAUUCCAAGGGCCCGGUGGUGGGAAAGGCAGACGGGGAGAACCUGGGAUACCCGGGAAUCCCGGAUCUGUGGGCCCUGCUGGCCCCCCGGGGGUAUCAAGAGAGGGCAACCCAGGCAGACAUGGGUCGAAGGGCGAACGGGGCUUUCCUGGACCAAUUGGAUUCCCGGGACUGGGAGGAUCUCCAGGAUAUCCCGGUGGUCAAGGGGCAAAGGGUCCUCGGGGGAACUCCGGAAGAGAUGGUCUGCCAGGUGGCCCUGGAGCACCGGGAGCUAAAGGGGAUGUUGGGAGUCCGGGUUACCCAGGUUUGCCCUCUGCACCUGGCCCGGUCAGCAGGGUGAUAAAGGGAGAUCCCGGUGACCCCGGGUUUAACGGAUCCCCUGGAUAUCCUGGGCCGAGAGGUGAUAAGGGGUUUUCUAGCUCCGUUGGUCGUCGGGGGUUGCCAGGUGUGCCUGGAUCGGCAGGAAGGAAAGGAGAACGUGGAAACCCUGGCUUCCCUGGUCCCAGUGCAUCUUCCGGCUAUCCCGGACCCAAGGGGGGCCCUGGUGGCUCUGGCUAUCCCGGCUCUCCAGGACCAAAGGGUGACAACGGAGGUCCUGGGUUUCCAGGGAACCCUGGGGCGGCAGGGACGCCUGGCCAGAAAGGUGCACGUGGUGAUUCCUUCGGUUAUCCUGGAGGUAUAGGCAUUAAAGGAGCUGCUGGUGACCCUGGUUUCUCAGGCAAACCGGGCGGCGCGGGGUUGCCUGGAGACGCUGGCAGACCCGGGGGCCCGGGAUACAGUGGGAAGAAGGGCGAGCCGGGUAUUUCGGGGAGACCAGGCCCCCCGGGCCCCCCAGGGUACCCAGGCAGCAAGGGUCUCCCAGGCUUCGCUGGACGGACGGGACAGCCUGGUGGACUCGGGUCCCCUGGAGCUCCCGGUUCCCAUGGUAACAGAGGUGCACCUGGUUUCCCUGGUCUCAAUGGGCUGAAUGGACUUGGAGGGCCAAAGGGGCUCCCAGGAACCCCAGGUUCAUCUUGGUCAGGCGGACCUGGCUCCCCCGGUUACAGCGGGCAGAAGGGAGAGAGGGGAGGCUCCAUUCCAGGGGGUCCUGGUUUCCCUGGUGGCAAGGGCGAGAGAGGAGACUCGGGUAGAGCAGGUUCUCCUGGGUUGCCUGGUCCGCCUGGUCCUAGGGGGUACUCCUUCGGUGGAGAGACCCCAGGCCCCACAGGAGAUUCUGGUGCACCAGGGUACGAUGGAGGGCCAGGACCUAUGGGCCGCGUGGGCCCACAAGGACCCCCAGGACCAGGCAGUACUCCAGGGGAGCCAGGAGAUCAGGGGGCCCCUGGGUACCAUGGGAAGGCAGGUGAACCAGGUGACCCUGGGCUGCCAGGAUCCUCAGGACAGCCAGGUGGUGCAGGGUUCAAAGGUGAGAGAGGAGACACUGGAUACACCGGCUCUCCAGGACCAGCUGGGGCUCCUGGGGACCCUGGUUACUGGGGAGGCAAGGGACCGAAGGGCUUGAGAGGGGCCCCCGGUCUGACGGGACGACCAGGCCUGGGACAUCCUCCGGAAGAAAUGCCCCCGAAUUACGGAGAGAUGGGUCCUCCUGGGUACCCUGGUGGCGCUGGGGAAAUGGGCUCCCCAGGACCGUCCGGAAGGCCCGGUGGACCAGGUGCAAAAGGCGAAAGGGGACCUGCAGGUAAACUUGGAUCCCAUGGGGGGCCGGGGGGCCCAGGACCUCUCGGAGAUCCCGGAGCACCUGGCUUCCCUGGAAGACCAGGAGAUCAAGGUCCACCCGGUUCACAAGGCCCCCCUGGUAGGGGUCACAGGGUCGGCGACACCCUGGUGAAGCACAGCCAGUCCACCCAGGUGCCCUCCUGCCCCCAGGGCAUGGUACAGAUGUGGGAUGGGUACAGCCUGCUGUAUGUGGAGGGGCAGGAGAAGGCCCACAAUCAGGACCUAGGACUUGCGGGAUCCUGCCUGCCCCGGUUCAGCACCAUGCCCUUCCUCUACUGCAACGCCGACGAGGUCUGCUUCUUCUCCAGCCGCAACGACAAGUCAUACUGGCUGUCCACGACGGCUCCCAUUCCCAUGAUGCCGGUGGCGGACCAGCAGAUCGCGCAGUACAUCAGCCGCUGCUCGGUCUGCGAGGCACCGUCCCCGGCUGUGGCCGUGCACAGCCAGGACCUCACCAUCCCACCCUGCCCCUACGGCUGGAGGAGCCUGUGGAUUGGCUACUCCUUCCUCAUGCACACGGUGGCCGGAGCGGAGGGCGGCGGCCAAUCCCUGGUCUCCCCCGGGUCCUGCCUGGAGGACUUCCGCGCCACGCCCUUCAUCGAGUGCAACGGCGCCCGUGGUACCUGCCACUACUUCGCCACCAAGCACAGCUUCUGGCUCACGACCGUGGACGUGGGCCGGGAGUUCCUGGGGGUCCCCCACUCGGAGACACUGAAAGCCGGCCAGCUGCUAUCCAGGGUCAGCCGCUGCCAAGUGUGCAUGAAGAACAUCUAGACUCCCGGAGCCAGCCGUUACCGCAGACAGAGAGAGACUGGCCCAGAGCGGAUGAUGAUGUCAUCGCAGGCUGGGGGAUCACCAAUGACCGCCGCCCCCCCGUCCCAGUAUAGCUCAGCACUGGGGGCGCCACCGUGAGCUGGCUCUGGGCUCCUUGUUUUUUUAUUUUUUUUUAUUUAGUGUAGGUGGAUGGGCUCUAAUACUUCCUGAUAUGGUGCUACAUGAUAUUUUCCAUUUUUCUUUCCCCAAACAUUUUUGUCUGAAUAAUUUUUGGCUACCUCGGAGAGUCCACAAAAAUCACUCUUGAAUUAGCACUGAAAUUUUACUAUAUAGAGAAAGAAAAUAAUAGUUUUAGGAAAUAAUAUUACAGUAAAUGUCAUUAAAAUCCACUGUGUUUAAAUCACAUAUAUUACAAAGAUCUGCAGUUUCUUGUCAGACUGAACCAGUCAGUGUUUUUAUACGAUUGAAUACCAAUGUAGGUUAUGACAUGAAAUAAAUCUGGCUUUGUGUUGGCCAAUGCUUUUAUGAACCUCAGGUUUUAAGAUCUUUCUUGUCCCACCAUUGUUUUCUUUUAAAAUGAGCAUUUUUAAACUUAUGAAUAAAUUCCUAUUGUAUUUCAUGAUAUCAUGGCAUCGACCCCAUUCCUGUAUGUAAUGAUAUUACUGGUGUGAAAUUGCUCAAAUGCUCCAGUCCUCCAUUCUACCUCUGAAAGACCAUAGACGAGUCUAAGUACUGUAUUAAAAACACAAUUCCCCCAGAAAAAACACAAUUCCCUCUC